AUGUUCAGGGUCUGGCAGAGUGUGCGACAUAAAAGCACCACCGCGGUGAUAAAAGAAAUUAAUGAUGUUCAAAAGUUGUACAUGAAUCACCCAUGGUCUCCUGGAUCUACCUUUUUUUAUCCUGAAGGCGCUCAUGUGUUUGGAAAGCUUGUAUCUUUCAUGAAAGCUCAAAUGACCCGCUAUGGCUUUCAAGAGGUAGUUACCCCACAACUUUAUCGGAAAGAGCUUUGGCAGACUUCAGGGCAUUGGGAUCAUUAUAGGGACGAUAUGUUUGGCGUGUGUGAUGGCCAUGACACUGACAAAAUCGAGUAUAGUCUCAAGCCAAUGAACUGCCCUGGUCACUGUCUUUUAUUUGCUAGUCGAGAACGCAGCUUCCGUGAACUACCCGUUCGUUACUCUGAUUUUAGUUCUUUGCACCGUAACGAAGCCUCUGGUGCUCUUCAAGGCCUCACUCGCGUUCGACGUUUUCAUCAAGAUGAUGGCCAUAUUUUCUGCCGCCCCGAUCAAGUGGCCGAGGAAAUCGAACGCUCUAUUGCCUUGGUGGAUACUGUUUACAAAGUUUUCGGGCUAGAGUAUACUAUGCUGCUGUCUACACGCCCCGAAGACUUUAUGGGAGAACGAGCCCUUUGGGACGAGGCCGAGGAUGGACUAAGAAAAGCCAUUGAGGCCUCAGCUAAGCCCGUGGUGAUUAACGAAGGUGAUGGUGCGUUUUACGGACCUAAAAUUGACUUUGUUGUCAAAGACAACCUUGGUAAAAGUCAUCAAGCUGCUACUAUUCAGCUCGAUUUUCAGCUCCCUCGCAACUUUGGUCUUACCUACGACGAUAAGACUGGAGCGGGUGUACCUGUGAUUGUUCAUCGAGCCGUUUUGGGCUCUGUUGAAAGGUUUAUGGCGUUGCUUAUGGACCACUAUUCUGGCAAAUGGCCCUUCUGGCUGAACCCUCGGCAAGUAGUUGUCAUUCCAGUUUCUGAUGCCCAUGCCGAGUACGCAGACCAGGUUGCAGAGCGGUUGAGAAACUUUCGCACAAAUGAUGGUGCUGCUCCGCUUAGUGAACAAACCUAUGCCGUCGAAGUCUAUAAACAGAGUGAACCUCUUUCUGGUCGACUGAAGCGAGCUACUGAGCUUUCUGCCUCGUUUGUGGUUGUUGUCGGCGAUCGUGAAGUCCAAGAUGGAACAAUCAGUGUUCGUGAACGUGGUGUCCGCAAGAGUGUCACAAUGACAGUGGACGAUCUCAAGGAAUUGUUUGUAGAGCUAACUGCGAACUACGCUCCUUGA